AUGCAUCAAUCCUUCACGGGAAGUGCCCGUAAAGCACGACAGGUCAACCUUUCCGGCCGACAGACAUUGAAUCCAUGGGCUUCAUUGUCAAAGACGCAAUCUGGCGCCAACCCUGUUGCUCAGGCGCAGGCAGAGCGGUUGAAGAGACAGCAUGAAAGAGAACGACUCCAAGCCGCCCGGCUUAUACAGAAACUCUGGCGGGGUCAUUCAAGUCGGAGGCAGCAGAAAUCGAUAUGGAAGCAAUUAUGGGACGAUAACGAGCAGCAGAGAACAGGGACGACUGAGCCUCUCAACUACGAAUCCCUGAUCGAGCGUGAACAAGAGAUCCCCGCUUAUCGAGAUCCUACUCUACUCCUCUUUCAGAUGCGCCUGCUGCUUAGUUUCCAAGAGUUCAGACGUGAACGGGUCCGGGACAAGAAAGACACACUCAGAUUACUAUACUUUGGACAGGCACUGCAGCGGACGAUCGAAGGCCAUCCCUCGCGGCCUGAUUUCGACGAUGUUUGGACAUAUAAUCUCUCGGCAUUGGCAUUGAUUGUGGCCCAGCAUCUCAAGAGCACGAUAUACGACGACUCAGCUCACGCAACGACAUCCCAUGGACCCCGACUGUUGAAGAUGCUGACAUGGCUUGCCGAGAUGGUGCCUGAUGCCAUGGCCAGGGAAGCAUCGAAAUAUUUCCAUGUGAUAGAGAGUGUGCUGCGGACGCAAAGUGCUGAAGUUUGGCGGGAGUGCACAUUGUCGGCAAUCGUGACCCUACUUAAAUCUCCUUGCCACGGACAGCAGUCGGCAUACAUUUCUUUUGCCACGAUCAUCCUGAGUCACGAUUCUUUUGCUGGCGAUAGGGAUGUAUUGAAGCACCUAGCGUCAGCCAUCGACUUGGCGGCACUCUCGAAGGCCAUCACAAAAGAGGUGGAAGACGCAGAGGAAGAUGAGAAGCAGACGCCAAACUCCAGCCAACUGUUAUGGCAGUUGGCCCAUCUUAUCUAUAUGCAUGAUUCUCUCGGGAAAGGAUACGCCGGACAAGAUUCAUACAUCGAAGCGUUGUCGGCACUGUUGGGCCAGUGCGCGAAUGAUAUUGCGGAAAAACUGGAUGCAGCAGACCAGCCGAUGUUUGACAAUGAGAGCAACACCUCUGAACCUUUUCCAGCAUUUUUACGGGAGAUGAUCAUGAGAAUACCUCAACAAGACAAUGUCCGAGCGGUUCUACAUGAAGUGAGCACGCCCAUAUCUCCCAGAACGGGUGAGGAGUUGUCGGAAUUCGAGUCCGCAAAGCGACUGGCCAACUUCGCUGUUUCCUUGCUGAGAGCUUUUCCUUCCAAAGCGCAGAACAUCCGCAUGUAUCUAUAUCAAGGUUCAGUCUCGUCGGUUGGGGAUGCAGAUGUUUCCACAAUCCAGUAUUUCUGGAGGACUGCCCGAGCCACAGGUGUCUUCAAAAGAGCUGUUCAAGACCACCGAAAUGUGCUGUCCCUGUUGAAAGAGGCGGCCCCAGAGACAAAUCAGAUCGGUCGGGCUCCUUUGUCCAGGGCGGAAGUUGCUCUUUGGCGGGAUGAGUGGCGCAUAAUACUCCUCUUUCUCGAGCUUUAUACAUUCGUGCUCAAGUUCAUGGACGACGACGAUUUCUUCGCCCUCGACAAACGUCGUGCUUUUGGAGCGACAUCUCCUACUUCGACGAGUUUUAUGGCGAGACAGGGUGCUCUGCCGCUGGAAGAUGUUGCACUGAUGACCACAUUUUUGAAGAACUUGGCCUUCACCCUAUAUUGGCAUGCGGCCGACUUGGUGCAAAACCACGAAGUCGAGGAAGAAGCUGGUCUGUCUGCCUUGUUUGGGAGUCCAGGUCAGCGAUCGAGCAGGCCAGGGGAGAAGAAGCCGCAGACAUUAACUGGAAACGGUGUCUCCCAGGACUACCUGAAAGGUUUAAUCACUGGCCUCUUGCGGAUGCUGCAUGAGAGAGACUCCCGACGGUCCUUUAUGCCUGCGGACCACUGGUUAAUGACAAGCCAAGUCAACAUGACUGGCUUCAUCCCGGCUGUGGUGGCGGAAGAGGAAAAGAGGCAUGAACUUGCCGAUGCAGAUGGGACCGAGGAAGAUGAUGAUCAACUGGACAAAGGCGCCGAAAUGGACCUCUCCACGGGCUUGGGAGCAUCAGACGCUAUAUUGAGCAACAUGUUCGGCAUUCGCCCCUCACAUAUGCCUCGGACAAGAGCCUCGCGAGCGGUCGAACGUAUGGAGCGCCAACGACAACAGGCCAGAAAGCAGAGACAACUCGAGUCUCUGGCUCCUCGUCUAGAGAUACUUCGAAAUCUGCCAUUCUUCAUCCCAUUCGAGACCAGAGUACAAAUCUUCCGAGAAUUUGUCUACCGCGAUCAAGUCAGGCGGCGUGAUGGUGCUGUUGAUCCUGAUAGCUGGCGCAUGCAGGUGGCCACCAGCACCCAAGGCAGAGAUAUAAACGGCAGGCCUCGUGGACUGGACAUCAUAGGCCGACACCAUGCCGAAAUCCACCGAGAUAGUGUCUUUGAGGAUGCAUACGAGGCGUUCUACCCACUGGGAGAGGCCCUCAAGGAGCCCAUUCAGAUUACCUUCAUCGACAAGUUCGGCAGCCCCGAGGCCGGAAUCGACGGCGGUGGCGUGACAAAGGAGUUUCUGCUCAGCGUCACAACUGAAGCGUUUGACCCGGAGGCUAGUCUUAGCAUGUUCAAGCAGAACAAGCAGGGUUACUUGUACCCGAAUCCGUUGAUCUACCAGGAAACGGCGGAGUUGUUGAAACAUGCAGGCAGAAAGCCCGGCACAGAAGGCUUCGAUUACCCCAUGUCGGAAUUCCUUCGACGCUUUCAAUUCCUCGGGCGAAUUGUGGGAAAGUGCCUGUACGAGGGUAUCCUGAUCGACGUCAACUUUGCAGGAUUCUUUCUCCUCAAGUGGGCUUUGACCGGCGGCACCACUGUCGGCUCCAACGAGUCUGCUUACCGAGCCACCAUCAACGACGUUCGGGAGUAUGAUGAAGAGCUGUACAGUGGGCUUUUGAAACUGAAGAACUACCCUGGCGAUGUGGAGACCGAUUUUGCCCUCGAUUUCACCAUCACAGACACAAUCACCAUAAUGGACGCGCAUGGCAAAGAGAUCACGCGUACCAUCACCACGGAACUGAUGCCGAACGGAGCCAAUACCCCAGUUACGAACACGAACCGAUUGCUGUACAUUGACCGGAUUGUCCGGUACAGACUCCAGCAACAACCGAAGGCCGUCACCGACGCCUUUCUCAAGGGGCUGGGUCAGAUCAUCCAGCCUAUGUGGCUUGCCAUGUUCAACCAAAAGGAGCUGCAGAAGCUGGUGGGCGGCGACAACUCUGAGCUCGAUAUCAACGAUCUGCGCCGAAACACCCAGUAUGGUGGCGUUUAUGCGAUCGGCGACGACGGCCAGGAGCACCCAAGCGUUCAACUCUUCUGGAAAGCCAUGCAGGAGUUCUCGGACGAGGACCGGAGGAAAGUCCUCAAGUUCGUCACGAGUUCCUCCCGGGCGCCCUUGCUUGGGUUCAGCCAUCUGAAUCCCAAGUUCAGCAUCCGGGAUUCGAGCGAGGAUCAGACCCGGUUGCCGAGUGCCAGCACCUGCGUCAAUCUUCUCAAACUACCAAGAUACGGAGACCUGAAGACGAUGAAGGAGAAGCUCCUGUACGCGGUCAACGCGGGGGCAGGCUUUGAUCUGUCAUAA